AUGGAGAAGCAGUUGCAGGGGAUGAAAAUUGAGAUCAUGCAGGAUCGAUUGGACAGCCUUGAAUCCCGCUUUGAGGAACUUGCCAAUAGUUUUGCGCACGUCUCUGCUAAGCAGCUCAGCAAGCAAUGCAUCAGCUGUAUGGAAGCAAUACGAAACCUAGCGUCUGAUGUUUUGAUGGCAACCACUGAUCGUUACCUCGCCUCGUUUGGCAGAACCCUGUUCUUUCAAUACGCACAAGAAAGUCGGCAGGCAAUGCGUUUCAAUGUCGACGAAAACAACAUCAUCAAAUGGAAGUAUCUUGAGGCCGGGCACCACCGUCAGAUGACAGAAGAAGAGCGUCAUGACAGCUUUAUGAGUCUCAAAGCCGGUGUGCCGCUUGCCAAAUUUUGCUUUCCACCGUAUGACGCCCAUGAGUUGUUCGUGGAACUUGCUAUCAAUCUCGAAUCAUUUGCUACCAGGGAGACGGAAUAUCAUGGUCAGCCUUACGUGCCUGAUCCUGUUGCCGCCAGUCAGCCUCCACCGCCCUACGAAAGUCAGGGCCGAGGGCUCCACCACCGAGGAAAUUCCCAUCCCAUAGCUGCUGAAAUGCCUCGUGUCGAAGAUUCAUUCGGCAGUGGGACAUCCUUUGAGUCUAUCGCCACGGACAUGUCGGGAGAUGAGGAGUCGAAGGAAGAGCACUUCAAGGCUUGGGCCCAAAUACAGCUUGCUGCGUACGAUAAGUACUUGCAACUUCCAGUCACGCCCCAUGUAAUCUCCGAUGUUUUAUUCCAUUACAAAAACGCCCAGGUCUCGAGGUGGGCUCUCCCAUUGGGACUUCAGCUGUAUAGACUAUUUUCUGUAGAAGGCCAACCUGGGUGUGUGGCAUACAAGUCUGUGAUUCCAGGCCCUGACCCCGAGGGAGAUCAGACUUCUUCUUUCAAAGAAGGUGAUAUUGAGAUUCUUACGACAACUCGUGACCGACUCAGAGACGAUAAAUGGGACUCUGGGGCUGUUUUGGAAAUGGAGGUACCUGCGCCUCACCCUUUGCUCCCGGAUUGCAUGCUUGCAAUGGAAAGGCUCAAACCUCAGGAGCUGGGUGAGUUUGGAAUUAUAGUUGCUUGGCGCUACUACGGAACUGAGCCGUGGAUGGACCGCUAUGGCCACCUCAUUCCAGAAGCUCGAUAG